GUAUUUCUACCCCGCCCUUCUCACCCAAUAGGGGACUCAGGGCGGCUAAUAAUAAUUACAAUAUAAUAAUAUUGUAUAAUAUAAUAAUAUUAAUUAUGUAUUAUAUAUUAAAUGUAAUAUUACUAAUAAUAUUACGGUAUAAUGGUAUAGUACAAUAUAGUAAUAUAUAAUGCUAAUAUUGUGCUAUGCUAAUAAUAUAAUAUAUUGUAUGUACAUACAAUUUGUAAGUCGCUCUGAGUCCCCUUCAGGGUGAGAGAGGGUGGGGUAUAAAUGUAAUAUAUAAAUAAAUAAGUAAUUGUUGCUGGGGUUUUUUUUUGGUUUUUUUUGUUUCGCACUACAAAUAAGACAUGUGCAGUGAUCAUAGGAAUUUGUUCAUUUUUUUUCAAAUGAUAAUUCAGCCCCUCAACAAUCUGAGGGACCAUGAAUCGGCCCUCCACUUAAAAAGUUUGAGGACCCCUGCUCUUGACACUUCCCAAUAAUAAUAAUAAUAAUAAUAAUAAUAAUAACUUUAUUUUUAUAUCUGAAAAUGUGGAUGUUUACAGGUGCCUUCUCAUAACUGAUAAUUAAUUGUCCAUGCGCUUUACCCAGGCCUUGGCCAUUCCAUGCACUUUAUUACCUUUUGCCGCUCCCAUCCCUAGUCAGCGAAGAAUAUGCACUUUCAGGUUUCCAUUUCCUCUUAAAAUGGUCCAUGUCCUAUGGUGCUUGACUUCUGAUUUGUAUUACUGUCUAUAUUUUAAAUUAUUUUAACUUUUGUAAGAUGUGUUGCUGUUUUUAUUGAUGUAAUACUGAUUUGAGCUUGUCCCAGUGUAAGCCGCCCUGAGUCCUUUGGGAGAUGAGGAGCAGGGCAUAAGUAAAGAUUAUUAUUGAUGUUAUUUCAUGUUUGAUUUUACAAUGUGUAAUUUGUCACUGUUUUUAUUAUUGUUGUGAGCCGCCCCGAGUCCCCUCGGGGAGAUGGGGCGGGAUAUAAGAAUAAAUUUAUUAUUAUUAUUAUUAUUAUAUUAUUAUUAUUAUAUCCUGCCUCCAUUUCCCCGCAGGGAUGUGGGGCGGCUAACAUGGGGCCAACCCCAAAUACUCACAACAGAACAGAAUAAAAUACAUACAUAAACACAACAUCAUUAAAAAAUCGUAUUAACAUAAGCAAAACAUAUUUAUACGUAAUAACAUAGUACUGUAACAAGAUAAAAUAAGAGGCCACCAAUUAAAAACAGAACAAAGAUUAACCUAAAAACAAAGGAUUCCCCUAGGCAGGAAGGAGCCAGGCUUUGAAGCAGCAAGGAAAUUCAAUGCUAAUCAAGGUAAUCAAUAGCAAUAUUCACACUUGCCUCAAUCAGACUUCCUUUCUCCCACCCUGGACAUUAUUCGACAGAUCUAUAAACCCCACUUGCCUAGUUUCCAACAGACCUCACAACCUCUGAGGAUGCCUGCCAUAGAUGUGGGUGAAACGUCAGGAGACAAUGCUUCUGGGACAUGGCCAUACAGCCCGGGAAACUCACCACAACCCGAUGUGGGAAAUGUUUUGGCUACAAGAUCACAGAGUUUCCAUCUUUUGACCUUAAUUGAAGCCUCCUGUAAUAUCCAGUCUUCAACUUACAACAGCAUCACCAAGGUUGCCACUGGGUGGCCAGUUUCUUCCUGGAAAAACGGGAAUGGAUGGCACAGAAUUGCCGCAGAGCCUUGUGACUUUUCAGGAUGUGGCUGUGUUUUUCACAAAGCAGCAGUGGACUCUGCUGGAUCAGAAUCAGAGAGCUUUGUACUGGGAAGUCAUGCGAGAAAAUUAUGACAACGUGGCCUCCUUGGGAUUUCCACUUGCCAAGCCUGAGCUGAUCUCCAGGCUUGAGCAAGACCCUUGGUUUCCAGAUUGCCUUGUCCUGGAGAAAAUGUGGGCUACAUCACAACACAACACAGGAUUACCUGAUAUUACAAUAAAGCAAGAAAAGGAAGAGGAGGUCUGUGUCCUAGAUCACCAGGGAUCUGGGGAAAGUCGAAACAUUGCUGACAAACAGUCAGACUGCAGCAUGGUGUCUCCAUUUCAAUAUAGAUGGACAAGGAAUAAAAGAAAGGAAAAAUCUGUCGGAAAACUAGCCGAGGAACCAGUGACCUUUGGAGAAGUGGCUGUGUAUUUUACAGAAGAGGAAUGGGAUCUGCUAGAUUUCAGCCAGAGAUCUUUGUACAGGGACAUCAUGAUGGACAACUAUGAGACUAUGGCAUCUCUUGGUCAAAGGGAAGAGCUGUGGGCAUCAGAUGUGCCACUUCUGGAGCAAAUGGAAAUCUCUAACAUCAGACUGGGCAUCCCAUUAGAUAAUUGGAGGAAAACAAAUGUCUGCAACCAAUGCUGGAAGUGCUUUACACACAAAUUGGAUCUUGCUAGACACCAGCGUUACCAUGUACAAGAGGCAGAUGAAAACUUAGACAGAAAGAAGCCCUACAAAUGCACCAUAUGUGGAAAACAUUUUGAUCAAAAGAGAUCAUUUAUUCUUCACAAGAAAGCUCACCUUGGAAAGAAAAACUUUGACUGCAAGUUUAACCUCUCAGGAGAUGAACCAUACAAAUGCCAGGAGGACAGGCAGUGUUUUUCUCAGACUUCCAACCUUGGGAGAUACCAGAUAAAUCCCCAAUUGGAGCUCGUGAAAUGUGAGGGGAUCAACACAAGUGACAAACCAUAUGGAUGUAUGGAAUGUGGAAAUUGUUUUACUCGGAAAUCAAACUUGUUGACUCAUCAGAGGCUCCACAAAGGAGAGAAACCAUACAAAUGCCAGGAGUGCGGAAAAGGUUUUGCUCGGCAUUCACAAGUUUUGAUCCACCAAAGAGUCCACACUGGAGAGAAACCAUAUAUGUGUCAAGAAUGCGGGAAAGGUUUUGCUCAGAAUUCAACUCUCUUGAUCCACCAGAGAAUACACAGUGGCGAGAAGCCAUACAAAUGCCAGGAGUGUGGGAAAUACUUUGCUCACAAUUCACACCUUGUGAAGCACCAGAUCGUGCACACAGGAGAGAAACCAUACGAAUGCCAGGACUGUGGGAAAUGUUUUGUUCGCAAGGCAGAACUUAUUUCACACCUGAGAGUCCACACAGGAGAGAAACCGUACAGGUGCCAGGAGUGUGGGAAGUGUUUUGCUAACAAGUCGGAUCUUAUGCCUCAUCAGAGAGUCCAUACGGGAGAGAAACCAUACACAUGCCAGCAGUGUGGGAAACAUUUUUCUCAAAACGCACACCUUUUAGGACACCAAAAAGUCCACACGGGAGAGAAACCAUACAAAUGCCAGGAGUGUGGGAAAUGUUUUGCUCACAAGUCGGACCUUGUGGUUCACCAGCGAGUGCACACAGGAGAGAAGCCAUACAGAUGCCAGGACUGUGGGAGAUGUUUUGCGCAGAAAUCGCAUCUUGUAGGCCACCAGCGUAUCCACAUAGGAGAGAAACCGUACUCAUACCAAGACUGUGAGACAUUAUCUCACAAUGUAAGCCUUGAUACUCAAGUAAGAGUCCCACCAAGAGAGAACCCUUACAAAUGCCAGGACUGUGGGAAGUACUUUACUUGCAAUUCAAAUUUGGCCAGGCAUCAGAGAGUACAUACGGGAGAGAAACCUUUCAAAUGCCAGGAGUGUGGGAAAGGGUUUUCCCAGAAUGCAUACCUUGUGAGCCACCAGAGAGUUCAUACAGGAGAGAAACCAUUCCAGUGUCAGGAGUGCGGGAAAUGUUUUGCUCAGAAUUCAAAUCUUGUGACACACCAGAAAGUCCACAUAAGAAAAAAGGGGUUAAAAUUCCAGUAGUAUAAAAAUUGCUUUCCAUUGGGAGGUUAUGAACCAUCAGGGUUCACACAGGGAUACUAGAAAUUAUUCUAAUUACAGUAGAGUCUCACUUAUCCAACAUAAACGAGCCGGCAGAAUGUUGGAUAAGCGAAUAUGUUGGAUAAUAAGGAGGGAUUAAGGAAACGCCUACUAAACGCCAAAUUACGUUGUGAUUUUACAAAUGAAGCACCAAAACAUCAUGUUUUACAACAAAUCUACAGAAAAAGCAGUUAAAUACACAGUAAUGUUAUGCAGUAAUUAUUGUAUUUACGAAUUUAGCACCAAAACAUUGCAAUGUAUUGAAACACUGAUUACAAAAACAUUAGCUACUAACAAAUUGACUACAAAUGAAGAUAAAAUUGCGUAAAAUGAACUUACAGUAACAACAUUGUUGGAAAUUAAAUGUGUUAAAAAGUUCAGUCCUUGCUGCUUAGAGAAACAGCUCUGAAUCUGGAUGGGAGGCAGACUGCGUUGGGUAAGCAAAUGUUGGAUAAGCAAGACUCUACUGUAUCAGUAAUUACUUUGUGAUCUAAUAUUGCACAGUUUCCCCUUGUAUGUCAGCCAUUCUGCUGCACACUUUGGCAUGUUCUUCCAUCAGGAUGAGGCUGGCAAACUUAUCAGCCUCAGCCUGAUGGAUGGGUGUGGGCAGCUUAUAUGCACAGUUCUCACAUGCCAUCAAAUUUAAUGCACACUUCCUUUCUGCUAUAUAAUUUAGCCAAAAAAGGUUAGCAUUGGAUUUGAAUAAAUAUGGUACCAUCCAAACAGGGGGCAUCCAAGAACUGAGGUAAGGGAGGAAUUUUCCCCUCCAAAGGAAAUGCCAGAAGCGUGGGAAAUGUUUUGUUUACAAGUCAGAUAGGUUACACCAAUAUUUCUCAAACUCUGCUCCUCCAGAUGUUUUGGACUUCAGCUUCCACAGUUCCUAACAGCUGGUAAGAUGGCUGAGAUUUCUGGGAGUUGCAGUCCAAAAUAUCUAAAGGAGCAGAGUUUGAGAAACACUGGUUUACACUUAUUUACCUACUUAGGCAAUCCCUGUAGUUUGAGGAUCAUGGUCUUCCAGGUGUAGUGUCUUGGUGGUGGAUGCGUAGGUGGCUGUGGAGACCUAUUCUUGACUUGCAUGUUCUUCCGCAGUGAAGACAUUGGUGUACAGAUCUGAGGGUGACAGGAAUGGAAUCCCUUUUGAAUCCCUCCGCUUGCCACCAAUAUGUACAGAGGUGAGGUGUCUGACAGGAAUGUGUGACAGAGAUGGAAUCCCUCUGAUCCUACACACACACACCGAUACCACCAAUUAAUAAAGAUGUUUUAUGAGA